AUGGAUCCGCAUAAUCCAAUUGUCCUCGAUCAAGGUACCGGUUUUGUGAAGAUCGGCCGUGCCGGUGAGAACUUCCCUGACCACACUUUCCCAUCAAUUGUUGGUAGGCCCAUCUUAAGAGCUGAAGAGCGUGCCAAUGUGUCGACCCCGUUGAAAGAUAUUAUGAUUGGUGACGAGGCUAGUGACGUACGUUCCUACUUACAGAUCUCGUAUCCUAUGGAGAAUGGUAUCAUCAAGAAUUGGACUGAUAUGGAGCUCCUGUGGGACUAUGCAUUUUUUGACCAGAUGAAAUUACCAACGACUUCCAAUGGUAAGAUCCUUUUGACAGAGCCUCCAAUGAACCCAGUGAAAAAUAGAGAACAAAUGUGCGAGGUUAUGUUUGAAAAGUACGAUUUCGGUGGGGUUUACGUCGCAAUUCAAGCAGUCUUGGCGCUUUAUGCCCAAGGUUUGUCGUCGGGUGUGGUCGUAGACUCUGGUGAUGGUGUUACGCAUAUCGUGCCCGUUUACGAGUCUGUGGUUUUGAACCAUUUGACCAGAAGAUUGGACGUUGCUGGUAGAGAUGUGACCAGACAUUUGAUUGAUCUUCUCUCGCGCCGUGGGUAUGCUUUCAACAGAAGUGCAGAUUUCGAAACCGUCCGUCAAAUAAAGGAAAAGGUGUGUUACGUCUCCUACGAUUUGGAUCUAGAUACAAAGCUGGCAAGGGAGACCACGACGCUAGUUGAAAACUACGAAUUACCCGAUGGUAGAGUCAUUAAAGUGGGUCAGGAAAGAUUCGAGGCACCCGAAUGUCUAUUCCAACCCAGUCUUGUUGAUGUCGAGCAAGCUGGUGUAGGCGAGCUACUUUUCAAUACUAUUCAAACAGCUGACGUGGACAUUAGAAGUGCGUUGUAUAGAGCUAUCGUGCUCUCCGGUGGUUCUAGUAUGUAUCCUGGUUUGCCUUCGCGGUUAGAGAAAGAGUUGAAGCAACUAUGGUUUACGAGAGUGCUACAUAAUGAUGCAUCAAGACUGGAUAAAUUCAAGGUGAGGAUUGAAGAUCCACCAAGAAGGAAGCACAUGGUAUUCAUUGGAGGUGCCGUUUUAGCGAAUAUAAUGGCUGACAAGGAUCAUAUGUGGCUAAGUAAACAGGAAUGGCAAGAAAGUGGUCCUGCUGCUAUGGCCAAAUUUGGACCUAGAUAG